AUGAGUCAAUUAUUCUUACUGAAGCAUGGUUUACAACGCAUGCGUUUCCAUACCAGCCCCAUGCUGAGAGAAGUCGCCGCCGGAGGAGGAGGAGGAGGUGCAUUGGGAAAGCCCAUGGGUGCCAAAAAGGGCAAAGGUCUUGCCAAAACCAACUGGGACCGAGCCAGUGCUCCCACAACCGCCAAAAGAGCAGUAGCACCCAAACGAGACUGGAAGAAACCCGUCGAUCAACAUGCCGAAAAGCAUGCAGGCGAAUCUUACAAAACUCACGAACGUCACGUCAACAAAUUCGCCCCUCCCCCCACCAAAAAGACAGAGACCAUUGCACAAAAGAGAGAACGUAAAAAGAAGGAAGAGGAACUUCACCUGCUGGCAAAGGAAGAGGAAAAAGAACGUCACUUGAUGGCCGUCCGAAAAGCAAAGUUAAAGGCCAAAGACCUCGCCGAGAGCAAUCAUAUGAAGGAUGUUUUUAUUCCCGAGAUCAUCAACGUCGCCAAUCUUUCCCGUGUCUUGGGUGUUCGCAUCGAGCAAGUCAUUCGAACCAUGGACGAAUUGGAUAUGGGAAACACCAAGCAUGAUCGCAUGUUGAAUGCGGAUGAAUCAAGUCUUAUCGCUAUGCAAUUGGAUAUGAACCCCAUUGUGGAUUCAAGACAAUCGCUUGACCUGUUUCCUAGAUCUCCUUGCCAAGAUCCCAGUCAAUUACACGAUAGACCUCCCAUUGUCACCAUCAUGGGCCAUGUCGAUCAUGGAAAAACCACCUUAUUGGAUACACUUCGUAAAACCUCCGUAGCUGCAGGAGAAGCCGGUGGUAUUACUCAGCACAUUGGUGCCUUCUCAGUAAAACUUCCAUCCAACAAGAUGAUCACUUUUUUGGAUACACCAGGCCAUGCUGCCUUUUCUUCAAUGAGACAGAGAGGCGCACAAGUCACCGACAUCGUUGUUCUCGUCGUAGCAGCCGACGACGGAGUCAUGCCCCAAACACAGGAAGCCAUUAAACACGCGCACGCAGCCAACGUCCCUAUCGUCGUCGCUAUCAACAAGUGCGAUAAACCCGGAGUAGACGCAUCGCGUGUGAAACAAGAAUUAGCACGCUACAAUGUGCACCUGGAAGAAAUCGGUGGCGAUGUGCCCUGUGUGGAAGUAUCCGGAUUGACAGGUAAAAACCUGGACCAGUUGGAAGAAACCAUCGUCACCUUGUCCGAGAUCUUGGAAUUGAAAGCCGAAAGGGGGAAUCAUGCAGAGGGUGUGGUGAUUGAAUCUCAGAUUGAAAAGGGAAGAGGUAACGUCGCCACCAUCUUGGUGCAAAGAGGUACCCUCAAGGCCGGAUCCGUCGUUGUCGCAGGUCAGACGUGGUGUAAGGUCAGAUCCAUGACCGAUUAUCAAGGUAAACCCGUCAAGGAAGCUCCACCAGGUACACCUGUCAAGGUCAUCGGUUGGAAAGAUGUCCCUAGUGCUGGUGAUGAAAUGUUGACAGCUACAGAUGAGAACCUUGCCAAAACAGUCGUGGAUAAUCGUGUUGCACGUCACCAACGAGAGCAACAACUCCGUGAUUUAGAAGUGAUCAACGAUAAACGCCGUCAUCAGCGAGAGCAACUGGAACAGGAGCGUAUGGCUGAAAAGGCCUACAAAAAGGAAAUGUACAUGUAUCAAAAGGGUUUGUCAGAGGUCUUACCGGACUCUUUGGGUAAACGUCUCAGUGCUAUCCAGACCAACCUGAAACAGGAAACAGGCGAAGACGAUAAACAAGAGAUGUUGGAACUGCGCGCUGUCGUCAAGGGCGAUGUGAGCGGCACCGUGGAGGCCGUCGUCGACUGUCUGGCUGGACUUCAAAACAAGCAAAUCCGGGUCAAGGUAGUGCAUAGCAGUGUGGGUAACAUCUCUGAAGGUGACGUCCAGUUAGCCUCCGCAUGCGAGGGUCAAGUCAUUGGCUUCAAUGUCAAGGCAGACAAACGUAUCAUGGCCGAGGCAUCGAAAAUUGGCGUCCAGGUCAAAUCCUAUUCGAUCAUUUAUAAAUUAUUAGAGGAAGUCAAGGAUACAUUAAGUGACAUGCUGCCACCGAUCGUGACAACACAGGUGGUGGGUGAAGCUGCAUUAUUACAAGUCUUCGACAUCAAUACAAAGGGUAGAGAAACUCGCCCUGUCGCAGGUUGUCGUGUCACCAAUGGCUCCAUCAGUAAAAACGGUCGCGUCCGAAUCGUGCGCAACAAGGAAACCGUAUGGGAAGGUGAAAUUAGUGAUCUUCGUCAAGUGAAAAAGGAAAUCACGGAAGCUAAAAAGGGGUUGGAAUGUGGUAUGUCCUUUGAAGGCUUUACCGAUUUCAAAGCAGGCGAUAUUAUCCAAAGUGUACAAACAAUUGAAACCAAGCAAAAAUUAUAG